AUGUCGCGACCAGACCCAUUUGCGGACGAACAUGGCACUCCCAUGUUGAACCCUUCCCAUCUCACAGGAUACAGUGCGCGCACUCCUUCUCCCGGGGGCUACCAGCUCCAAGAUAAUCCAUAUGCGCAACAGUCGCAUCUUCCUAUGCCAUCUAGCGACCAUUUGCUCGAACAGCCCACAUACUCGGUCGAGAAUGUCUCCAACUCAUAUGGGUACCGUGAUAACUACGGCGCCCAGCACCCUUACGCCGGUCACGAAUAUGCGGUCGAUCCAGAGGCCCACCACGAUGCCUACUAUACCCAACCUUACGAACCUACACACACCCCUCACGACGAUUAUGACUUGGGCCAGUACCCGGAACCCGGCCACACUCCCUAUGAACAAGUUGAAGAGCCCAUGCUCGCCCCAGGCGAGAAUCCCUUUGGUCCUGACCCACACGAGUACGAGGACGACGUGCGCCCGACCCCCAGUCCACAGCCGAUCCGUCGCUGGAAAACGGUCAAGGAGGUGCAGCUCUUCAACGGCAACCUGGUGCUUGAUUGUCCCAUUGCGCCGAGAUUGCUGAGCCAGGUCCCCCACGCCGAAGCACCAGGACGUGACGAGUUCACUCACAUGCGUUACUCGGCCGCUACUUGCGAUCCGGCUGAUUUCUUCGAGGAACGGUUCACUCUGCGUCAGAAGCUGUUCGCCAAGCCUCGUCAUACCGAGUUGUUCAUCGCCGUAACUAUGUACAACGAGGACGACUUCCUCUUCGCACGCACGAUGUCCGGUGUGUUCAAGAACAUUGAUCACAUGUGCUCGCGCACCAGCAGCAAGACCUGGGGAAAAGAUGCGUGGAAGAAGAUUGUGGUCUGUGUCAUCAGUGACGGUCGUGCGAAGAUCAAUGCUCGUACGCGUGCAGUGCUCGCUGGUCUAGGCUGUUACCAAGAUGGAAUUGCAAAGCAACAGGUCAACGGCAAGGACGUGACGGCUCAUAUUUACGAGUACACCACGCAAGUUGGACUCGAAGUGAAGGGCACGCAGGUGCACCUCAAGCCUAGAUCUGGACCCCCGGUGCAAAUGAUCUUCUGUCUGAAGGAAAAGAACCAGAAGAAAAUCAAUUCCCACCGAUGGUUCUUCCAGGCCUUUGGUCGUGUUUUGGAUCCCAACAUCUGUGUUCUUCUCGAUGCUGGUACCAAGCCUGGAAAGGACUCGAUUUAUCACCUCUGGAAGGCUUUCGAUCUCGAGCCCAUGUGCGGUGGUGCAUGUGGUGAGAUUAAGGUCAUGUUGUCACACGGCAAGAAAUUGCUGAACCCGCUGGUUGCUGGUCAGAAUUUCGAGUACAAGCUCAGUAAUAUUCUGGACAAGCCGCUGGAGUCUUCAUUCGGCUUCAUCACCGUGUUGCCUGGUGCGUUCUCCGCCUACCGAUUCGUGGCACUACAGAACGACAAAAAUGGUCAAGGUCCUCUAGAGCGGUACUUCAUGGGUGAGAAGAUGCACGGUGCCAAUGCCGGUAUCUUCACAGCCAACAUGUAUCUUGCCGAAGAUCGAAUUCUGUGCUUCGAGAUUGUUUCCAAGCGAAAGUGCAGAUGGCUCCUUCAAUACGUCAAGUCCUCUACUGGUGAGACUGAUGUACCAGAUCGCAUGGCUGAGUUUAUCCUUCAGCGUCGUCGUUGGUUGAACGGUAGUUUCUUCGCUGCUGUGUAUGCCAUUGCACACUUCUACCAAAUCUUCCGCAGUGACCACAGUUUCCUCCGCAAGUUCAUGUUGAUGAUUGAGUUCGUUUACCAGACUGUUGCCAUGAUCUUCGCCUGGUUCGGUAUCGGUAACUUCUUCCUGGUCUUCCACAUCUUAACGACAUACCUUGGAUCGGACGAUCUACUUGGUACUGCUGGUAAGGUGUUGGGAAUUGUCUUCGAAUGGCUGUACUUGGCAACUCUCGUUACUUGCUUCGUCCUAGCAUUGGGUAAUCGACCAGGUGGUUCCAACAAGUUCUACAUGACUAUGGUAUACUUCUGGAUCGUGAUCAUGAUCUACCUUGCAUUCGCGGCUAUUUUCGUCACGGUCAAGUCAAUUCAAAGCGAAGUACAAACGAGUGGCUUCACGGCUAGUGAUCUGAUCACCAACGAUACCUUCUUCUCCAUCAUCGUGUCUCUCGGAUCAACCUACGUGAUGUGGUUCUUGGCUUCCUUCAUUUUCCUCGACCCAUGGCAUAUGUUCACAAGUUUUAUUCAAUACAUCCUCCUCACGCCAACAUACAUCAACGUGCUCAACAUUUAUGCCUUCUGUAACACCCACGACAUCACCUGGGGUACCAAGGGAGACGACAAGGCCGAGAAACUGCCCUCCGCCCACCUUAAGCCCGGUGGCAAGGUCGACGUGAACAUUCCCCAAGACGACGGAGACCUGAACGCACAGUACGAAACCGAGAUCGCCAAGUUUGCCAUGAAGCCCCCGAAGGAGGUCGAAAUCAUCUCCGACGAAGACAAGCAAGCAGAUUAUUACAAGGGAUUCCGCAGUGCUGUCGUGCUCGCCUGGGUCUUCUGUAAUUUCGCACUUGGUGCCGUUGUUCUCAGCGCCGCCGGCCUGGAAACCUUCGACGAAACAACCGACAACGAAGACUCGACGCAGAGUGAGCGUUCCAUGAUCUACAUGAGAGUUGUUCUGUGGAGUGUUGCUGCUCUUUCGAUGUUCAAGUUCGUCGGCGCGAUGUGGUACUUGGUUGUUAGAAUGUUCCGUGGUGUUUAA